AUGGCUUCGACAAGCAGAACCCAUCCCCCAACCGACGAAGAUGAAUCGUUCAACGAUCGGCGAACACGUCCACGACCGAGCUACUACGACCGAUUGAAUAAAGUUUUGGCAGCUGAGGAUUACAAUGUGGGUUGGAUUUGUGCCCUUCCGGUGGAGAGAGCUGCAGCAGAAGCAAUGCUGGAUCGUAUCCACGAGCCGCUGGUCACAAGUUCUCGGGAUGGAAACAGCUACACUUUGGGAAAUAUCGGCACCCACAACAUCGUCAUCACAUGUAUUCCAAGUGGCACAUACGGCACAAGCCAUGCCGCUGCCGCCGCUGCGAAAAUGUCACAUAGCUUCCCAUCCAUCGGCAUACGGCUCAUGGUUGGAAUUGGUGGUGGAGCUCCAACGCGGGAGACAGAUGUCAGGCUUGGCGAUAUUGUUGUCGGCGAACAGGUUAUUCAGUACGAUAUGGGCAAAACACUGCCAAACGGCGAGUUUCAUUGCACAGGACUUCCCAAUCGACCCCCACUGGCGCUUGCACUCGCCAUAAAAAGGCUUCGAACACGCCAUUCCAGAACUCAAAGCAAAGUACCGGAUAUCCUUUUCAAGAUGGUCCAACGCUUCCCAAAAAUGGCCGACUGGGCUCGCCCAAGAGUAGAAGAUAUGCUGUUUGAAAGCUCGUACGCUCACGCGAUUUCUACAUCCGAUUGCGAUGACUGCGACAUAACGGAGCUCCAAGUUAGACCUCCUCGAACAUCAGAAGAACCUAUAAUACACUACGGGAAAAUAGCAUUCGGCAAUCGAAUCAUUGAAGACGCAAGUGCUAGGGAUCGGCUGUCAAAGGAACUAGGAGCCAUUUGUUUUGAGAUGGAGGCGGCACAGAUGAUAGAUAGUUUCCCAUGUCUUGUCAUACGAGGCAUAUGUGACUAUUCAGACUCUCACAAAAACAAGGCGUGGCAAAGCUAUGCCUCUGCAGUCGCGGCAGCAUAUACGGUGGAGCUUCUUUCGAUCAUACGUCGUAACGUUUCCUUGCAAGCUGCUUCUUUUACGAGAAAACUGCUCUUAACUCACACCCAGAUAGGGCCAGAACCGUCAGCAUUCCAAACGAGAGAUCCGCUAAACCUGCUAGAUUUUCAAGAGAGACAAACUGGGUACGAUGCAAUUAGGGUUGCUCGCCCCGGAACUUGCAGUUGGUUUCUUAGACAUCCGUAUUAUGUCGAUUGGUUGGACCCAAGCAAGUUCCAUGAGCACCACGGCCGUUUAUGGAUUAACGGAAAGCCUGGUGCUGGCAAAUCAACAUUGAUGAAAUUUUGUAUCGAAAAUUGGGGUCGGAAUCCAGCUUCAGAUAUGGCGGUCAUAUCAUUCUUCUUCAACGCAAAUGGAGGUCCAUUGGAAAAAACGACGGAAGGAAUGUAUCGCUCACUACUCUAUCAGACGCUUCAAAAAUUUCCAGACCUCCGAACGUCAUUCAACGCUUUGGGUUCCCAGCGAACGUCACCAGCAAAUCUCACAAUAGAGACACUUCAGGAUAUAUUUGGCAGAAUUGUGCAGAAAUUGGGUCACCGACGCCUGAUUUGCUACAUCGAUGCUCUUGAUGAGUGCGACGAAGAUGAUAUUCGUUCAAUGAUUGAACAUUUCGACCAGCUGGGCAAGCUAGCAUCGCAAGCUUCUAAGAUGAUUCAUAUAUGCUGUUCAAGCCGACACUAUCCCUAUAUCACCAUUCAAGACGGCCAGAAGUUGAUAUUGGAGGAUCAACCUGGACAUACCGACGACCUGAAACGAUAUGUCAAACGUGAACUGGCAGUGGAAAGUAAGGAGGUUAUUGCCCAAAUACUUGACAAGUCACACGGCGUAUUCACGUGGGUUGUUGUUGUGAUUGGCAUUCUUAACAAAGCAUACGAGCAUGGCAAUAUCUUAACCGUGAAAAGGCGGCUGCAAGAACUACCUUCAGACCUAAACCAGCUAUUUAAGUACAUAAUUUUGAGAGAUAGGCACGAUAUGGAUCGCUUCUUGCUUUGUAUCCAGUGGAUCCUUUUUUCAGCAAGGCCUCUACGCUACGAAGAAUUCUACUUUGCGGUUGUUUCUGGCCUGAAUCCUUCAGAGAGCUUGGCCGAAUGGGAUCAGGAUGCUAUUACUUUUGGACACAUCAGUCGAUUUUUGUUGAGCUCGUCAAGGGGCCUUGCAGAAAUUUCCAACUCAAAAACCAACCCAACAGUUCGAUUUAUUCAUGAAUCGCUACGGGAGUAUCUUAUUAAAGAAAAUGGUAUACGCGACUUGUGGCCUGAUCGCUGGCAAGAGUUUGCGGCCUCCAGUCAUCACCGUUUGAAGGAAUGCUGUUAUCAGUAUAUGAAAGUAGACAUCGAACCUAUUGUCCCAAUAACCUUGGACAUCCGUCUUGAAUCAAAAUAUACACAGGCCAAGAUUUUGAUCAAGUUCCCUUUCUUGGAAUACGCAACUUCCUACCUUUUUUGGCAUGCAGAGGCUGCGGCUCCAGCAAUAUCGGAGUACGACUUUGUCCGAGACUUUUGCACCAAACCUUGGCUAAGGCUUAGCAAUUUAUUUGCGAAAUAUGACAACCGUUGCCACAGCCUAGACACGACUCUGAUGUGUAUUUUUGCUGAAAAUAACUUGUUGGGUCUCCUACGAAUCGGAUUUGAGCUGGGGCUUGACGUUGGGGACUCUCUGCCUUGUGCUGCAGCUAACGGCCAUCAGACGAUUGUCCAAUUUCUUCUCGAAAAAGACGCGAAUAUCGAAGCUUACACAUCAUCUGGUGAUACGGCCUUAUGCUUAGCUGCGGCCAACGGCCAUGGAGCAGUGACGAAGCUCCUUAUUGCUAAGGGAGCUCACAUCGAGACUCAAAAUAAUAUUGGCAACCGGGCCCUUCAUUUGGCAUCUCAGGGAGGUCAUGAAACCGUAGUCAAGCUACUUCUGGAGCAUGGAGCGGAUAUCAACGGGCGCAGCAAUGCUGGGGAAACAUGCCUUUUUAGUGCCUCACAAAGAGGAAACGAAGCAGUUGUCAAGCUACUUGUAAAGUAUGGAGCGGAUGUCAACGUGCGCAAUAAGGCUGGGGAAACAUGCCUUUUUAGUGCCUCAAAGGCAGGAAGUGAGGCAGGGGUUAGAGUGCUUCUCGAGAACGGAGCGGAUAUCACUGCCGCGGAUCGGGACGGUUACACGACACUCAAGCGCCCCUUUAGGCCAGCCAUUGCGAACCUGUGGGCCGUAAAUGGAGCAGAUAUCAGCUUGCCUAACAAUCUACUGGCAAGGGAAGCACCACUAUUGGCUUCAAGUAAUUGGCAUGACGCUAUAAUGUGGCCUUUCUUUGGGUACGAUGGAACGCAAACGGUGACCGCGUCACCUCCAACUGAUUCGGGGUACGCUUCAGCUUUUCGGGGAAAUAAAUUUGGUGACCCGACUACCGAUUCCUCAUUCCAAGAGUCGGCCAAUCAAUGUAUUGACGAUACGGAUACCACAAUAUAUUCAGACGCAUCUGACACGACCUUUUCUAGGCGGGAAUGUUAUAUUUCGGAGCUGGCGAGUCAUUUAGCCAGUGAGACUCGGUCCUUGCGCUUGAGCCAGGAGACACAGACCCGGGUCUCAGAAGCUUUGCCUGAGCUGCUCAGAGUUUUUGCGCUGAAGAUUGGGCAUGAAGCCUGUGAUAAGAUGCAUAGAGGUGUCAUGGCCUUUGUACACAAGGGAAGGCACGAGAUUGCUGCGGCUUUCGCGGACACUGGGUUUGGCCAAGAAAAUAUUAUCGAGAAGGUAAUUACAAACUUAGGCGAUGUUUACAAAGAAGAACGCACAAACGAUUGGGUCAACAGCGAGAACUCUGGACAACCCGUGCUAGAGGAAGAUCGUAACUUGCCCGGCUACCUAUCAGAUCUUGAGGAGUCUGACGAAUCAGACGAGGGCGAAGAUGUGACUGAAUCCUGGAUUCAGGAAUACCGUGAGUUUAUAUUCAAAACCCCAGCUUUUAAAUGGCUCCUAGCACGCUUGCGAAAUGAAAUUCGCCUUGUUCCGAUGAAACCACACACUAUGGAAACAAUCGGUAAAGAGAUCAUGUCGGCACUCCCUCCUUCUCGCGUAAUUAGCAAGAAGAUGUCUUCUCAAAGUUACAGCGCAACAUUUGAGCUUGAGUGGGACGUAUUUGAAUUCUUCGAAAAGCAAGGGUACUCGAGGCCACCGCAUGAGGUGUUUGAAAGCGUUAUCACCUUGACAGGGUCUUCUAUGGACGCACAGGCGGCAACGUGCGCUCAGUAUCUGGGCCAGACUUGGCCUUCCACCGCGGAGGACAUUAUUGCUUUGAUGGAGGAAGUUCUCAAGGGAAAUCAGAGCGAUCCGCCACCACGCACGUUGUCAGAUGGAACAACCAUCCGAGUCUAUGUGAGGAAUUCUAAGUUCUUGGCAGAAAGUUACGGGGUUGCGGCUACCAUCGCGGAGAUCGGAGAACAACUUGCCUGGCUAGGGGCAGCUUUGAAAACCACACCAAAACAGAGCGGACUCUUCUGCUGUACACCAACGAUCAGCAUUCUGCAGAACAAGCUGCCUUUUUCUCAAUCUCAGGCCAAGCCGCGCUCAACUGGCAUUGCUUGCAAGAUCGAGUUUGACAUGGAGAAUAUCCCGGUAAUAUUAGAUACUAAUGGCCAGUGCUGGCAGGCUGUUUUCAAAUGCCCCGUCAUCGUGAGGGGAUAUCCAAUUCCUCGACGAGCCGAGUGGAACACGGGACUAGAGAUUCCUCUCAAUAUUAUGGCCAAGCUCGCUCAAGCACUGGAGCUUCAGCAGUUCAAAGACAAGGUCUGCCUGAAAGGCUUCUCGACGAUGUUGGUCCCGGUCCGGCGCAGUGGGGAUACCCUGUUCUGGCAUCUCCUUUAUAAAAGGGACGGAAGUCGAAUCUCGUAUCUUGAUAAUGACCUGGAGCAAGAGCAAGAAGUAGCUCGCCUUGAUCUACUAGAGAAUAAUCGCCAUGUACUCGGAUGGUGCUCGAGAGCGAAACUCGUGAUUGGUUCGUCUGUCAAGUCCUCACGGCUUGGGAAGCUUCAAUCAGGCGGCGCCCUUACUGGGAGGACUGUUAAACGGGGAAGAACCGUGGCGAUGGGGUCUGAUGUCUCUAUAGGUGCUAGGGAGUCGUCUGAGUUGUUUUCCAAUGGAUACGUCAAACGGCUCCAGUCCUUGAAACCUUGGCCCGUGCUCCUUUGGGAUAAGGACGGCAAACGAGGCUGGAUUGUGAGCGGCACAAUUGCUCUCUUACUUGCCUUGCGAGCGUAUCUGGAUGGCUCUUACAAGACGUCGGUUAUUUUAAAGAGCGAGGAUUUUCAAGAUUCAGGCGGGCCUCUCACCGCCAUGUCCGCCUUUGAGACGUUGAGCAACGACCACAACCGGAGACUCCUUUUGCACAGUGACGGUACUAAGCUCGGGAGCAAGAUUGAGGAGUUGUGCAGCCUGUUAGAGCAUCUCAUCGAUCAUCAAAUCGACAUUGCGGGAACAUGCGGUAUCAAACUGAGCAACAAACCACGAGGCGAUCUUGAAGGCUGGGAGUUUAUACACGUGGCGGACAUGGACCAGCACACUUUGUAUCCCCGUGCUACCAAGAUCGAGUCCCACGGUAAAGGUUGGAUUGAUUUUACGAGGGCUAUCCAAGCUGUCACGUUGUUUGGGUGUGACUUCGGUGACAUUAUCCAGCCGGACGUGGAAACCUGCAGCGGAUGGGCCAGCUUGCCGACCGGCCGCUAUUACGUCGCCGUUUGUGUCUCAGAUCUGGACCGGGUGUUCAAAGAGCAUGGAUUCCCGAGCGACGGUCACAUCCGGCUCAGUGACAACUUGAUCUGGCAUACCCCGUCCGAACCCGUGUUCUGUCAAUGCCAGCCUGGCUCGAAGCAAAGUAGUUGUGAGCCAGUCCAAACCGUUUCCCCCUUGUCUUUAUCAUUAUCUGAAUCAUUACGCCCUCGAGGGGACAAAUUACCAAAUGAGGGCGCUCUCAUUUUUGGACACAGUUCGAAGUUCUCAUGGGUCUGGGGGGAUUUGCAUGACCCACGAAAAGGCGAGCUCGGGGAACCGGUCUCAUUACUGUCCCCCAAUGAUAGCGGAAUUGGCUCAUCCCAGACGCCGUCCGAAUCUGAGUGCCACGCCUCGUCUUCGUCAAGGCUAGGAAUUCGAUCAAUGGAGUUUUCAAGCAACGUCCGCAACAAGCCUACGCCUCCUCAUGUGCUGGAACUAGCCCACCAAACAUAUCCCAAACAUCUUUAUACGGUAGGGAUUCUAUGCGCAUUGCCGAAGGAGUUGAAAGCAGUUUGGGCGCUCUUCGACAGGGAACACAAUGCCCCUGAGAAUGUCCAAGACAACCGGUACGUGUUCGGCAAGAUGGAACACCACAUGGUCGUCGCCACAUGUCUUUCCAGGUACGGGACCAAUGAAGCGGCGAGUGUUGCGACUACCAUGAAAGACACCUUCAAUCUCCCAUUCUGCCUUCUAGUUGGGAUCGGUGGCGGCGUGCCUUCGCGAGACAACGAUAUUCGCCUCGGUGAUGUGGUUGUUGGUGAAGAAGUGGUUCAACAUGAUCUGGGAAAAUGGGAGGAGGGAGGCUUUGAGAUGAAAGAACAGCCAUUGCCGCGCCCGCCGAACAUCCUGAUGAACGCUAUCAGUACUCAAUUAAAGGCAAAUCCGAAUCCACAAAGUGGUCGGCUUAUGCGUCAUCUCGAUAAGAUCUCUCGCAAUUCCGAAAUGUCUGUGCUGUAUUGUCACAAGGGAGAAGACAAGGAUGUUCUUUUCCAACCAUGUUUUGAAUGCCCGUUGCAAGGACCAUGCCCCCAGAAGGAGCAGCAUGUGCGGUCGCAGCGCGUUCCUCGCCUGACCCUUGAACCCAAGGUCUACUACGGAAGGAUCGCAUCGGGCAACCAAGUCAUCAAAGCUGCUGGGUUCCGCGAUGAGCAGGCGAGGAAACUCAACGCCAUCUGCUUCGAGAUGGAAGCCGCCGGCGUGGUUAACGCAAUCCCCUGCCUUGUGAUCCGCGGCAUCAGCGAUUACUGCGAUGGUCAGAAGAACGACGUCUGGCAGGAGUAUGCAGCCGCUACAGCGGCGGCGUAUGCGAAGCUUUUACUUGACGUCGUGAAGUAA